AUGGCCUGGUCACUCUUCACCAGCCCUUUCGGGUCUUCCUCACCGUCAUCAUCAUCAUCGUCCUCAUCUUCCGUCAACCCUGUCCAAACGAAAAGCCAAACCGAUAUCCUACCUCCUCCAGCACUUGCACCGCCAACACCUAAAGUAAACAAGUACGAGACAGUCUUGCAGGAUGAAGCGAAGUAUCAGGAAGUACAGUACCCUACGACCGAGCAAGUACCGGGCUGUAUGACCUUAUUAGAUGAAUUCUUGAUGUGUUACGCCUUAGCACCCCAACUCCGAUCGAUGUAUCGAUACGGCGAAUUCCGGGAUUGUACGUGGAAGUGGGAAGAUUUCAAAUACUGUUUAUCUCUGAAAUCGGACGAUGAGGAGAUGAGGAGGAAAUUGUGGAUCAAGAGAAGGGCAGAAUGGUGGGCUAAGAGGAGGGUGGAUGGAAGUAGUGAGGAUGUAUGGGAUGUCAGAACUGAACCUCCAAAGAACUUCCCUCCAUUGGUAACGGAAGAAAUCACUAGUGAAAGUAGUACUACCUAG